AUGCAAUCCAACAUUCCUGGUAGCUCCUCCGUACCUGGCCCGAGUGGCCCUCCAGGCACUCAUGGUGCCCCCGGCGCACCGAGUGUGCCCUACUAUAGCGCGCCUCCUACCGCCCCACCACCAGGGCCUCCGCAGGUCUUCCAAAUGCCGCCUAUCUUCAACGAGAUGUUACUAGACAUUAGAGACGCGAACGCAAUGCUUCGCGCAUCUAUAGACCAACAACAAGACCUCGUACGCUACACUCAGGAUCUGAACCACUGGUUCGGUCGCGAUAGACAUGAGCGGAAACGGGACGUGAGAAGGAUACUAGACUCGAUCGAGGACUUGCGGCGCGCAGUACCUCCGGGUGGCUUACAAGGAGUCUCGGUGCCAGUCGCCAGCACUACAGUCAGAACUGGCACCUCGCGACCUGCCGUCGUCAUCCCAAGCCCCGAACCCAGCCGCACAGGCGAACGCAUCCCUCGUGCGCAGACACCCUACCCCCACGGAACUCGACCGCCCGUCAUCCCCUCGUCCGAAAUCUCGCCAUAA